GACACCCAAGAGUAAGGGGACCCAAUAGAUGGACGGACCGGAUGUUACCCGUUGCUAGGACCCAAAGACCCCGGGACGGAUAUAAAGGUGGGACCGGAAGUCGCGCGAAGAACAUGGCUGUUCCCAACCUGGAGCUGGACCCACUCUUCCUGAAAGCCUUGGGUUAUCUCCAUUCAAAAAGUAAAGACUCGGCAGAGAAACUGAAAGCCCUGCUGGAUGAGACCUUGGCCAGAGGCAGCGAUUCUAGCUUUCGACAGACACAGAAGGAAGUUGAAACACCUAAGAUAGCUACUAGCUCCAAAUCCAGUUCUACGAAGCAAGAUUCCAAAGUGUCCUCAUCUCUGUCAUCAGGCAACAAUGGAAAAUCCAGUUCCAAUGAGAAAACCAAGAAGGAAGCUGAGAAGAGACCAGCUGAAAAGGUUAAACUAGACCCCCUGGAGGGAGUUGACCCCCAGAAAAAAGCCAGGCUGGAGAAAGCAGAGAAUCUAUCUUCUCCCAUCACUGUUCAGUCCAGCAAAGAACUGCCGAUGCCUGACUUACCUGGCUUCGAGAGCGCAGAAGAUUUUGCCAUGGAAAUGGGACUGGCGUGUGUCGUGUGUCGCCAGAUGACUGUUACAUCAGGCAAUCAGCUGGUAGAAUGUCAAGAAUGUCACAACCUUUACCACCAAGACUGCCAUAAACCCCAAGUGACGGACAAGGAUGUGAACGACCCACGGCUAGUAUGGUAUUGUGCCCGCUGUACAAGGCAGAUGAAGAAAAUGGCGCAGAAGACACAAAAGGCCGCUCCAAAAGCUUCCAACUCAGUUGCUAACACUGCUCCUUCAGUAAAGGAUCCCUUGGUGAAGAAACCCGAAAUGAAACUUAAACAAGAAGUGACCACGUUUCAAGCAUUCAAGAGAACUGAAGUAAAGACAUCCUCAUCUGCUUCUGGGAAUUCCUCCAAUUCUAAUACUUCCUCCUCUUCUGUUAGUGGUCUUACAGGAUGGGCUGCGUUUGGAGCUAAAACAUCUACUGCAGCACCAUCCACAGCUAAACUGGGAUCAUCUGUACAAAGCACCAGUGGGAAGCCCACUGCAUCUUCCACGAAUCAAAAAUCAGUGGGUCUGUCUGGACUGGCAACCUCCAAAGCCGGGCUGGGGUCAAAAAUGACCACAGGCAUUAACUCCAGCACUGCACCUAUUAAACCACCCCCUCCCCUAACUCUGGGGAAACCAAGCCUCAACCGAUCAUCCAGCAACGACAAUGUUAGCAAAGUAGGGCUCACUGGGCCAGGGAGCAGUGGCAUCCAGUCCAGCAGUGGGAAUGGAGGGGGCACAUCGACUGGCACUGCUGGUAACAAUGGUGCCAAGACACCCACCGAAACAGUCAACCCUUCUGUCGUUAAGUUGCCAACAUCUCAAGAGUCGCAGCUUAAUGCUAUGAAACGGCUCCAAAUGGUAAAGAAGAAAGCAGCACAGAAGAAACUUAAAAAGUGAAAGUUAUGAUGUCUGAAUGGUUGUGGUUCUCUGUUGUCUUUGUGCUUCUGCACAGAAAAGCACGCACCUCAUCAUUGCCAAGGAGACCAACAAAUUUGCACCCUUGGAUUUGCCCUUGUACAUGGAAAUGUCUCUUCCAGGUUCUCUUCAUAAGAUUUCUUUGUGAGCAGUGAUAAAGAACACAAUCCCCUCCUGCCCCUAAAGACUUCCUGAAAUGUACCUAGUAUUUGUGGUUGAGGGAGGACCUUUAUUGUUCUGAGCACAAGCUGCAGAAUUAAGGCAUUAAUCAGAGACUUUUGACACAUGGGAAUCAAGAGAUCACUCUGACAGAGAACUCUUUAAAGUAAUUUUAUAAUUGACAUUUUUAACAAUUUCCUGCUAGCAUUUUUAAUAUAAAAAUGUAUCUGUUUUCAACAGAUUUAUGAUGAAUCAGGCUGUUUCCUUAUUAAAUAUAUUCUGAAGCAGACCUGGCUGAUUUGAGAUCCAGCAAACAGUGAUCUUGGUUGUUAAGCAGCCCUGCGUCUAUUUAUAGGGAUAGUCUCCUCCUGUGUCUACAAAAUGGCAGAGGCCUUCUUUCUAAACUUAUUCUACAGUUUAGCAGACAGAGGAAUCCUUCCCCUGAAAUGUUUAGCAAAUGAGUUCUUGAGAGGCCAAAAAGGUUUUGCACUUCUCAAAAUAAAUCUUGAAAGUUGUGUGAGAGACCAGCUUACUGUGAUGUUGAAAACAAGGGUGAUUUGAAUUCUGUGUCAAAUAGACUUUUUUUUUUUUACAUAUUUUGUCUUUUGUGUAUUACUAUUAAUGGAGAUGUUGGCUCCAUUUGGUGAACUGCACUGGUAUUAAAAAAAUAAAUAAAAUUAAACCCUGUA